UCGUUUCUAGACCCUGUUAGUGAUCUGUUAUGGGGAUAUCAUUACCAGACUGAUCACAAUGUCGAACAUACUGCGUGUUGCGGGGACCCUUCGCCCUGUAGACGUGCAAUGCCGGAGGUUUGUGACGGCUAACAGGUACGUCCUGGCCGAGACGGGGUACGGCCGCGCCCUUCUGGCCGCCAUGUCUGACAUGGACAGACUGCAGGAAGUGGAAGUACUGAAGAGCCUGGGAGACUUGAACGUGGAGAAAGGAAGACUCCACAAGACCGAAGCUCCGCGGAACUUGGCGCGAGGCCUGAACCUGUACAGGGCCGCGCUGCUCCGGUGUGAGGACCCGGGGGAAGGUGAGUCACUCCAACAUAGGAUCAAACUCGCCGAGAGACUCAGGAAACAAAUUCCCAUAGCUGCCUCGGACGCCGAAACAAGCGUUACCUCUGUUUUAAGGACUUCAGAAAUCUUUCAAGAUUUGGAUACGAAAAGGGCUAACGGUGGCCAUAUGGACUCAAUCUUAAGUGGCUACACGAAGGUUCUUGUAGACGGAAUAGCGGAGGAGAAGAAUCUGGUCGAAGUAGAGUCUAUAAAAAGUCUCGGAGACGUGAACCUUAAGAGAGGAAGAGACUUAAAGGAGCCCAGGCACUUGACCAAGGCUACAGCCCUGUACAGCACAGCCCUGGAGCGAUGUGACGAUCCACAUGGGAAAACCGUCCUCACACAUCGCUUACUGUACGCAGCAAAAGUUAGGAAGAACAUACAAGAAGUAAGGAGACGGAUGAUCCUAAAGAACAAGAAGAAGACAAGCAGUGUGUUGUCAACUGGUCCUCACGCUGCAAACGUCAAAUCAUCGAGUACACUUCAAAGUCAGGACCUCACUGCUGCAGAGAAUUCAAGAAUCCUCUCCAGGCAGUACGACCAACACCUGCAGAAAGGUGAGGAGGCUGUACAGAGGGGAGACCUGGACUCAGCAGAGAAGCACUUUGCAGCAGCACUCAGGCUUGUACAUGUCAGAGAUCCUACUGUUCAACAGUAUGAGAAAGAAGUUUCGCCCCUACACAAGUUGGGCGAUGUCUACUGCAGGAGAGGCUGUCAAACAGGAGACGGGGGAGACUUUGUCAAGGCGGCAGCACUCUACCAUGCAGCAGUGGCAAGGUCAGGGAAUGGGGCCAAUCUUGAAAAGUCACUUCAAGAAACAGAAAUCUUGCUUCUUAUGCACGCCUUAAAGGUAGAUAGUCUUGAACGAGUGAGUGUUGACAAAAGUCGCAAACAUAAGGAUGACAUUGAGAACAUGCGAGGCCGAAUCAAACAGGAGAUGGAAACUAUCGACAAGGAGUUGAACCCUUACAUCUAUGAUGAGGAAAGCCAGCUGGCAAGAGAGAUAGAAGCCAAGCGGGCUGACGCUGUCACACAGAUGUUUGAGAAAAUUGCAAAAGAAAGAAAGGACUUCAUUGGGCAGCUUGUAGAUGAGUGUAUCUCAGUGAUGGGUCCCCCUCCCUGUAAGUAUGCCCUGAUAGGUUUGGGUUCACAGGCUACAAGACUGGUAACUCCAUACUCAGACCUGGAGUUUGCCAUCUUGGUAGAGGAGGAAAGUGAAGCAAAUGUGGCGUAUUUCCGUCGACUGACUCACUACCUGCACCUCAAGGUGGUUAACUUGGGAGAAACAAUCCUCCCAGCCAUGGGGAUAAAAAGUCUGAAUGACUUCUACUCAGACGACCCACAGGACAACUGGUUCUAUGACUCUGUUACACCCCGCGGGUUUGCCUUCGACGGCUGCAUGCCAAAGGCAAGCAAAACUCCUCUGGGCAGACAAGGAACGUCGACUGAACCGCGCAGCGAACUCAUCCGCACCCCAAGGAACAUGGCUGGACUCUUAGAAAAGGAUGUCUCCGUGUACCUGAAGAAAGGAUAUCACCUCGCUGGGGUUUUGACGAAUGUUUGCUUGCUAGCAGGGGAGCAGGCCUUAGUUGAUGACUUUGACGCCAUUGUGGCCGUGACACUAAAGGCUCAUGGUGCGAUAUUGGCUUGUAGAGUAGCCAAGGAGAUGAUGGGCGAAAAUGGCUGGAGGUCUACGGACAUACGGUCACAGAUGGGAGCGCUGUUAGAUGUUAAAAAGGAAAUUUACAGGUUCCCCUCAGUUGCAGUAGACUGUUUGGCACUCUGCUCGGAUAUCAUACCGACUACAAUUUGGAAAACGAUAGAAGAUAUGGAAGUCGAAGGAGUUACCAGUGCAGAAAAUGCACAUCACAUGAAGGUGCUGGUCAGCAUCUCAGCAGAACUCAGACUGAGGACCUACACCGCAAAUGGCGGGCAGAAGGAGAACCUGUCAGCCUUGUCGGCAAUGUCAACAUCACAAGACAAGGGGAUUUGCCAAACGAGUGACGUACAAAAGGUGUUUUACAUCUCUGACGUGAAGCAGUUGUUCAGGUAUUACUUCACAGCAAAUCCUCUAAAGGAACUUAUGUCAAGUGAGAUAGCCCCCCUUGGGAGCAAAUAUCUCUUCGGGCACAUCAAGUUGUUUAAGAACUCUCCUGUGGUAAAGGGGCAACUGUACCGUUUGUGUAAUAAUAACAAGGAGGCCGUCAGAUGCUACCAAGAGGCCCUACGCAACACGGUGGCUGGUCCGGAACAGGCAGCAUUGUUGUUCGAGCUUGGUCGAACCAGGGCCAGUUUAGGAAAUUACAGGAAAGCUAUUGAUUGCUACGAGAAGGCUCUGAAAAUGUUUCGGAUAUUUUACCCUUCCCGUACAGAGCAUCGUCUCGUCGUCUGGUUACUACUCAGGCUAGGAGAAGCCUGGUAUGAACUUGCUGAUUAUUCAAAAGCCAUCAGCUACUUCGAGAAGUCAUUGCACUUGUGCAAAAACAUGUAUGGCCAACAUACAGCACACCGCGACACUGCAGAGGCAUUCAAUGGUCUAGGUUUAGCUUUUAAAAUGCUUGGAGACCACAAAAAGACCCUAGACUAUUUUCAACGGACAUUAGAAAUGCAUAGGACAGUCCAUGGUAGGAGUACGGCACAUGUUGAAAUUGCCACCUCACUACAUAACGUUGGUUUAGCUUGGCAUGAUCAGGGCGAGUUUAAGAAAGCCGUUAGAUUUUAUGAACAAGCACUGCAGAUGAGAAAGAACAUUUACGGGCAAAGCACGGCACAUGGGGAUAUCGCAGUCUCUCUGACGUGUCUGGGAGGAGUCUGGCAUGACUUGGGGGAUCCCAGGAAGGCUAUCAGGUAUCGUGAACUGGGGCUGCAGAUGUAUUGGGCUGUCUAUGGCGAGACUGCAGUACAUCCUUUCAUCGCAGGAGCGCUUGGUUCACUUGCAGCAUCGUGGAUUUACCUGGACAAUAACAAAGCCAUCAGCUACUCGCAGCAGGCAUUGGACAUGACAAAAAAACUCGGUUAUGACGCGCAUGAUGAAACUGCAAAUGCCCUAAACAACCUCGGGUCAAUUUGGUGGAAACUUGAGGAACAUGAAAAGGCAAUCAGCUGUUAUGAAGAUUCCCUGCAAAUACUAAGACGUAUUCAUGGUGAAGGUGCAGCACAUCCUCGCAUUGCCGUCGCUCUUAAUAACCUUGGAACAGUCUAUUCUGCUAUGAGUGUUUCUGGUGUGUUGCAACAAAGCGAAAUUAUGCAGAUGAUGAGCAAAGCGAUAGGUUUCUACCAGAAGGCACUUGAGAUGUACAGGACUGUACAUGGCCCUAACAAAGAGCAUCCAGACAUUGCACAAUGUCUCGGGAACUUGGGGGCGGGAUUCAACGAACUAGGGGAUCACCGUAAAGCACUCGGCUACCUUGAACGGGCGUUGGAGAUCGCCGAAAGCGUUUUUGGUCCUGGCGCUUCACACCCUAUAAUCGUCGAGACACUAAACAAUAUGGGGUUUGCCUGGCAAAGUUUGGGUAAUCACAGACAAGCCAUUGGAUACUAUGAACAGGCUGUACAGAUGCAGAAAGUGAUCGAUGGUGAAAACACAACAAAUGCCCAAACUGUUUUAAACGGUAACUUGGAAUUUGCGAAGUUACAAGCAGGCUUUGAACCACGUACACCAUGAAAAGGCUCAUAGCGACAUUGCCAGGUCCCUCAUAAACUUUUUUUCGUUUAUGUCACACUUCCAGUACGUUAAAGAACUCGACAAACACACAUUGUUGUGAGAGUAGGGAAUCGCCCAGGUACCAGUAUUUGCUGGACAAACAUCCAUCAGUUAUAUAUAGAUACUUGCACUUCUAAGUCCCAAAUGAUAGCUGGUGGUUGCUAUUUAGGCAGUAUUGGUUACAUUUCAGUCGAACAAUGUAAUGAUUAAAAACUAGAGUUCAACGGCGCCUUUACGACUGACACAUUGUAAAUAUUUCUGUGAAUCAUUAUGUAAAUAAGUCCUCAUUUGUAUCAAAUUACUUGAUCAUCUUCUCCACCCAGCUAGCCCUUGUCCAAUGACAAUCUUGUUUUAACAACAACUUUUAUUCUAGCAUUUU